AUGGAAUUCAUGUGGCUUUACUCCCUGUGCCAGUGCAUCCUAUCUGUAUCCGCAAUAGUGGUCAGUGUGAGGUUGUGCAUGGCGCUCAGCGGAACCCAGGGCGCUGGGCCUCCAACCGGGAGCGUCUCACGCUGUCUUCGACUGUGCCUGGGCUGGGUGGGGGCUGUAGGGGGCGCAGUGGAAGUACCUGCAACCGUCCUACUCAACCUGCGGACCACCCAGUGUCUGUACACCUGCAUCACCAUGGUGUGUUUCCCCCUGCUGGUCAGGCAGUUCACCAUGUUUCUGCUGAUGCUGCUCACGCUGGACACCCACCUGCAGCGUCACCUGGCAGACAGGUACUCCAAGGUGGUGACCCGUCGGCGAGCUUUGUGUGUGGUGCUGCUGUGCUGGGUGGGCUCUGUUCUGUCGUCCUUCGCCCAGUUCAUCGGCUCGGACAUCUUCGACACCCGGAGAAGGGUCGACACUGGUACGGACACAACUGGUCUCGAGCUGGAUGGCAACUGGACGAGCUCUUUACCCCAUCUUGCCACUUCCCCACCCCCUAAGUACGACCACGCCCGCAAGAUCAUCGGGAAGUACCUUCCAUACGGAGGCUUCCUUUCCAAGUUUUAUGUGGAGGACAUGAGCAACUUCACCUAUGCUGAGAUUCACAGCAGCCACUGGGGAGUGUGUGCUCCCGACACUAUUCUCAGUCCCCAAUUCCUGGUCUAUGUUCAUGGGAUGAUGGUGUUCAUGCUGCCCGUGCUGUGCCUGCUGGUGAUUUACCUUGAUCUGCUGUGCAUAAGGCCCAGUAAGACCCCUUUUAGUCAUAUGGACCCUCCAAAACAUGACUCCCGCGAGGUCCGCUCCCUGGCUCUGUCUCUCUCCCUUUUAGUUAUACUGUGCCUGCCGAUCCACAUUAUCCAUGCUCUCUUGCUUUUCAACCCCGGCAUCAAUCUUCCUGCCUGGGCUCAUGCAGUUGCCCUCUUCCUCUUCCAGCUGUACGACCUCGUGCCCCAGAUCCUCUUCACUCCUCCGAGGAGACAAGUCGCGGAGGAACGAGCCACCUUCCCUCUUUCUGUUCCCACUGCAGCCAAACUCUCCCUGAAAGCCAAAGUGUGCCCAGACGUCUGA